GAGAGAGAGAGAGAGAGAGAGAGAGAGAUUGAUGAUCGAUUAAGGACGGGCGAAGAAGAUUGUGGACACUGAAAAUGGCGAAGUCGCUGCAACGCUUCUCGAGCCAAGCUCUCGCGCUCCGCUCGUCGCUGUUGGCGGCGUCGCGGCCUUUCUCCGCCUCCGCCGACGCCGACGCACUGGUGGAAAUCAAACCAGGCGAGGUUGGCAUGGUCUCCGGCAUACCCGACGAUCAUCUUCGCAGGCGGGUGGUAAUAUAUUCACCUGCAAGGACAGCAACUCAACAAGGAUCAGGAAAAUUGGGAAAGUGGAAAAUUAACUUUUUGUCAACACAAAAGUGGGAAAAUCCAUUGAUGGGUUGGACAUCCACCGGAGACCCAUAUGCUAAUGUUGGUGAUGCUGGACUGGGUUUUGAUAGUGAAGAAGCUGCAAGGUCAUUUGCUGAGAGACAUGGUUGGCAGUACGCGGUUAAGAAGCCUCAAACCCCUUUAUUGAAGCCAAAGGCAUAUGCUGACAACUUCAAGUGGAAGGGCCCUCCGCAAAACUGAGGAACAUUGAUCGUUUGGCUUGCCCUUAUUUUGGUUCAUUUCGAAGAGAGGUUCCAUCACAAGCUGUUAUCUUCUUUGUCUUGGACGUAGUCCAGACUCCAAACCUCGUUAUUCUUUGUUGUGUGUCAAACGGAUUGCUGCUUCAUGAUAGCUUUGUGGUUAUAAUAAUUGGCUAGAGAAUGGUUCUUUUUUGCCUCUAACCUUUCCAAUGAUGAGUGCAUGUAUUGUUCACGACUUUAAUCGAGGUGGCACUCUAUGUUUCAGUUCAUAAAGCUGUAGAAAAGCUGCAAAAUUCAUGUAAUAAGUGAAACCAUUCUCGAUG